AUGUUUCGCCGGGCUUUUUCGUUGUUGGCCAUCUUCGCUGAAGCUGGCUAUUAUGUGAAAGGAACAGUACCAAGAGGAACAUUCAGAUCUGUACCCAUCACUUUGCCUGUUGUUGGGGACCCGGUGGUGGUGCGACCUCGAGGCACCUAUAAGCCGCUGACCGUCAACCCCUCGCUGCCGCCUUUGAGCUUGGAUACAUGGGUGCCCGUGGAAUAUUACCGGCCGCAUGGUUACAUUUACGUGAAUCAGGAGGACGGGAACGAAUAUACGUUUGUCGACAAUGCAACCCGGCCAGUGGUGCGCAGACCUGUGGUGCCUGAUCGGCUGGUCGGCCCACUUGAGCCUCGAGAGGCCCGCGAGCCCGAAAUUUUCGACUUUAUGGACCCCAUCGACCCGGCCUUUAGCCAACCCAUAAUGGACACGAUCCACCAGUCACCAGAUAUUCGGCUGGGCUCCGCUGACAGCGAGGAGGCUCCCCGCCGUCCGAACUUGCGCGGAAUGGUGGACGGCCUCGCUGCGCUCCCCGUCCAGCUUUUGAAGGACGCCAUCAGCAUCCCACAGCAUUUCGCUGAACUCUUCCGCCAUGGCUUGAGCACGGACGCGCUGGCCGACUGCAACAGUCUGACCAACCCGCUGUGCAUUUCGGCCAAUGUCUGGGCCACCUUUGCGACUGCUGCCCGUGUGGACGGCAGCCUGGACGUUUUCAACCUCACCAGCAACGCAGAAGAAAGACCCUUUUUGGCCGCAGUGACUGAAGCGUUGGCCGACCGCCUCGGCGAGUUCCGGGCCAGCCAGCCGGUAGUGGGAGUGGUGGCCGAUGCGGAAAGCGAGGAGGUGGUGGCCGUAUAUCAGCCUGACUGCCGCGUGGAUAAGCUAGUGCAGAUCCCUGGGCAGGUCGCAGAACGGCUGUUGGAUGCCAUUGACCGAGGUCGUCAGGUGAUUUUCAAGGAGACAGAAAAUAUCGCCCAGAGCAUCAGCCGUAAGGAUCUGGUCGGCGUGCUGGUCGAGCCGUUGGACUACUUGAGCAAGCAGAUCAGGCAGCUCGCUAAUGACCGACUGCCCGAAGAGGCUCUAGAGGACACCGUGGCUACAGUGAAUGCCGGGGCGGAGAAACUGGAAAUCGCCAUCACCAAAGUUAUUGACCAACUGACCGCCUUCCCACAAGCAGUAAUCGAAAAGGUGAAGGAAGCAAAGGAGGAGGUCCACCAACGGGUCAGUGACGCCAUCCACCACGCCACCGAGGAAGAGGAGCCCUGCGAAGAACAGGAGGAGGCUGCGAUGACGGAGGAGGCCGACCCAGUAGCGGUCCGCCUCGAUGCCGAUGUCUCUUUACACCUGGGCGCCGGCCAUACGGAACUUGACGUUGAGGCCGACGUCUUGGAGGCCGCUGUGGUGGACACGGACAAGGAUGCGAACAAGGACGGGGACAAGGAAGUGAGUGUUAAAGAGGUCCAGGCUGCGGAGAAGCCGAUCGAACCACUGAAGCCGAUCAACCCGAUAAAGCCGAUCGAAAAACCUAUCCAGUCUAUCGUGCCCCUGGUUAAGCUAGACAAACCCGUCCAGACCGCGCAGCCCAUCCGGCCAAUUCAGCCGUUGCCUAAAAUAGAGAAGUCGGCGCAGCCGGAGAAGUCCACCUUGGUGCCGCGUAACGUUGCGGCCACCACUAGACCUGCCCGCCUCUGGGACAACGGAUUCCUCUUCGGCUCCGGAGCCACGACCGACCUCUUGAGAGACACUGCCGACCAACUCAUGAGCGUCAUCCCGCGCACUUUCAACAUCGCCCCGGCCACCCAGCCCCUAGACAUCAUCAUGAGGCCUUUCUUCAACACCCUUGCCAGUAUCUAG